AUGUUGAUUUGUCUGAAGGCAGAUGAAAGAGAUGUAUACGAGUUCUUCUCAAGGGCUGGCAAGGUCCGUGAUGUACGCCUCAUUAUGGAUCGCAAUUCAAGACGUUCUAAGGGAGUUGGGUAUAUUGAGUUUUAUGAUGCAAUGUCGGUACCAAUGGCGAUUGCACUUUCUGGUCAGCCUCUUCUUGGUCAACCAGUGAUGGUGAAGCCAUCAGAGGCUGAGAAGAAUCUGGUUCAAUCAACAUCUGUGGUUAGCGGACCAGGUGGGAUGAUAGGCCCAUAUUCUGGCGGAGCUAGAAAGCUGUAUGUGGGAAAUCUCCAUACCAAUAUAAAAGAAGACGAUCUCCUCCAGGUUUUUGGAGCAUUUGGUCCUGUAGAACUGGUUCAGUUAGCUGUUGACGAAACUAACAACUGCAAAGGUUUUGGAUUUGUGCAGUUCUCACGUCUUGAAGAUGCUAGAAAUGCACUGAGUUUGAAUGGAAAAUUGGAGAUUGCAGGUCGACUAAUUAAGGUGUCAGCUGUUACAGACCAAGCUGGAAUGCAAGGUCUUGGAGCAAAUGCUGGUGAUUUUGAUGACGAUGAAGGUGGUGGCUUGUCAUUGAAUGCCCGCUCUCGGGCAAUUCUCAUGCAGAAAUUGGAUCGCAGUGGCUCUGGAUCAGGUAUUGCUGGUCCCCUAGGCACUCCGGCUGUCAAUAGCACCGGUGUUUCUUUACCAAUGGCACUACCGACGGCACCACUCCUGGGAGCUGCAGCAGUGAUUUCUCCUCUUGUUCCUCCCAUCACCGCUGUUCCUGGUAUCGCUGGACUUGGUGUUGCUGGUCUUCAAAUUCCUACUUCUGCUCUUCCUUCUAUAGAUACAAUUGGUGUUCCAAGCGAAUGUUUACUGUUGAAAAAUAUGUUUAAUCCAGCAGUUGAGACGGAACCAAACUUUGACUUGGACAUUAAAGAAGAUGUUCAGGAGGAGUGUUCAAAAUACAGGAAUUUGAGGCAUAUCUUUGUAGACAAGAAUACCGCUGGUCAUGUGUACUUGCGAUUCGAGAACACACAAGCUGCGAUAAAUGCUCGGCAUGUUCUCCAUGGAAUAACCCAGAGUUUAUUUUGAUUUGCCUCCACAGUCAAAACAGACAGCUUAUCUGUUUUGAGCACAAGAAGAAGAAGAGAAGGGAAGGGAAGUCAAACCCAGACACAUUCUGCUGCUGUCAGUAUUGAUGACCGCCAAUUAUCAUUCGUCAUCUUCAGCUCAAAUUGGGUUUUGCCAGAACUUGAAAAAAUUCAAAGCAAUUUCUUGUACGCAUUAACCUUCAAAUUUAAAUAACCGUUGUGCUAUGUACUUGUU